AUGCUGAAGUCUUCGAUUGAUAGUGGCCAGAGCACCACCAGACGCGACUCAUCCCUGACUUUGUGGAAUCAACCCUCGGAUGCCCCAGAGAUGGACAUCACGAAAUCCGUGGUGCCGGAGACGCCCCAGCACAAGCCGCUUGGGACAGCGCGCCAGCUUCUCGGUGCCAACGAUCGUGACUUCGACUCCCGCUCCAGGGUUAGCAAUGCGAGUGGAGCUGCUGACGAGGCCGAGAUCUACGAUUCUCAACGGAUGCUUCAAGACUCCACCGGCAGACUUCUCUAUGUUGGUGACUCUGCGAGUCUCUCGUAUUUGCAAUGGAUCCGUAUGAUUGUCGAGGAAAUCUCGGGCAAGUCACCAUUCACGGUCGACCCCUUACGGCACAAGAUAUUGGAAAACACCAUCUCGCUUCCCCGGGAGAUUAGACCGACUGGAGUUCUUCCUGACCAACGAACGGCCAACGUCUUGAUAAGCUCUUUCUUCACAAACACCGCAGGUUUCGUCGAAAUAUUCAACCGGCAAGCUUUCCUAGUAUCCAUCGACGAGUGCUAUAAGGACCCGCUCAGCGUUCCCCCGUCUCUACUAUGCCUGCUUUAUUUAGUGUUUGCCAUCGGGCUAGUCAUGGCAGCACCUUUCCCAGGAAGCGACGAGGAGGCCAUAAUUGAUAAGCUUCGGUCCGACACAGAUAUUCGCGCAGAGCUAUUCUUCAGAAAUGCCAAGAGUCUUGCCGAUCCAGUGUCCGGGUUCGAAGAUGCGGAUUUCUGGUCGGUGCAAGCACUGCUUCUAAUGUCUCUCUACAUGCUUGCUAUCUCCAAGCGGAACGCUGCAUAUGCUUACUACGGCAUGGCGGUACGGUCUGCAUUCGCUCUGGGACUGCAUCGACACGAGAGUGGGGUUAUAUUCAAACCGGAGGAGUGUCAAGUUCGGAGAAACGUGUGGAGGACACUCUUCAUCCUUGAUCGGUUUCUUGCGGCUUGCCUUGGCCGGCCAACUGCUAUCUCUGAAGACGACUGCUCAGACACUGCGUUUGAAGCCCCGAGCGCAGGGCCAAUGACUGCUGAGAUCUCCCCAAGGAGUUGCGGAGCCGAAGCGACGCAUCUAGCAGCGCUCGAAGCCGCCGUCAAGAGCUGUCACGUCAUUGGGUUCACUCUGAAAAGGGUGUAUUCGAAGAGGAAAAUAUCGACCUCGGUUGCACAGGAGAUCGCAGACCAUCUAGAGGAUUGGCACAGGGGACUUAUCCCUGCCCUUCAUUGGAGACAACUCCUGAAUGGACGGCUUGAUCCGACACAAGGCAUCGCCGUACUACACACCAAUCUCCUACAUUGCCAUUCGGUGAUGCUACUUACGAGGCCAUUCUUUCUCUACCUCAUCAACAAAGCUGGCGAGCACUGGACAGGCACCAGUCGCAAACCGUCACGUCUUAGCAAGAGAAUGGAAAUAUUCGCUCAGACGUGUAUUGAAGCUUCUCAGCACACGAUAAUCAUCACCCAAGCGGCACUGGAUGGAAAGUAUCUACCCCGGUGCAAUCCCUUUGUCAUACACUGUGUCUUCGCCGCCGCAUUGAUCAUAUUGAGUAACGAGUUUGCGCCGCUGUACCAUAAUCCCGAGGCACACCGUUCGAUAGACAGCGCGAUCUUGAUACUUGGGUUCUGCGCCAACCACAGUGGUACACAUGGAGACGCGCAGGCACGCCGGGUGGCGGGCAUUGUGGAGAACUUCCACAAGGCAAACUUGAACCGUCCACCGGGGGCGAAGAUGCUGUCCCUGCCCGGUCACCAGGCACCCACGCUUGCCACGCUCUCUCAGAGCAGCAACUUCGAUCCUGUGGUGCACUUCUUCCACCAGGGUAUCAAGAAAGAGCAGCGCGAGCAGUUCGCUGCUGCGGUGGCGCCACCUAAAGAACACUCGCUGAUGGCGCCUGCAGUAAUGCCUACGGCGGCGACCAUGCCCUCCAUGAUGCAUCAGGGCAUGCAGCAGCCAAGCCCUGAGGGCAGUGUUUCCCUGAACAGCGGCGGUAUGGCAGUCACAGGUGGUAUGGCGCCAGGGAUCGAGGCUCUGAGUGGCUGUGACGCCGAGUUCGACUUCGACAGUUUAUGGGCCAACUGGCCGCCGGCCUCUGCUGGCGGGAUGGCCCUGCCACCGCCUAUGCACCCUCCCGAUAGCUUUGGUACAUACGUCAUGGGCCAGCCUCACAUACCGCCUCCUACCGGUCCCAUCGUCGGCAACGUGCCACUCUACCCGUCUUCGGAUUUUCGAUGCCAAUAA